UUAUGCCAGAAAUCCUUUUACAAGAUUUAUGAAUGUAUAUGUAUACACACACACACACACACACACACAUUAACAUUUCAUCAACAUUACAUAUAACUUGUUUUGAUAUAUAUCUAAAUAGAGCUAAAAAUAGUCAAUGUAAAACAUAUCCAUGUGUGAUAAAUAGAAAUUUUAAGUCAUGAGUGUACACUGUACUUCAGUGAUAUUGUGGUAUACAGGAUAUUACAUCACUUGGAAACCCAGUGGCUUGGACUGAAAUUAGAAAAAUAUGUAGAGAAGAACAGUAGAGUGGAAUAGGAACGAACAGAUGAGUAAAAACAUCUGGAAGCAGUAGCUACACGCAUCUGGGGAAUAUGCCUAAAAUAAGCUGAUUUAACAAUUAUUAAAUAUGUUGCUUAAUGUAUGGAGUGGAAUGGAGUGCCGAGAGUCGGCGCUUUAACCUAAUAUUUGGCCAUGUUACGUAAACGUUGUGGUGAACCCUGGCACUUUCUUCUGAUGAUUCAAGCUGCCACAAAGAACCGAGUGUCGGUGAAUAAACAGACUCUGAAAACUGUUAGCAUGAGAGCACGAAAUUCCUGAACGAUUCUUUUACUGAAGCGGUUGAAUGAAUAAUUCGUGGUCUUUCCUUAUCUCCCUGGUAGACCCCAUUUUUCUGGUAUGGCGACAUCAGUGAAAGUUACUUACAUGGAAAGUACAACAGUGACUCAGAAUUUAGUAUUGGAUGGCGUGUCUGCAUUGUAUCAGUUUUGAGUAUUAUGUAUGCACGCAGAGCACAUUGGUUAAUCGUGAUUUCAACAGUUUUCACUGUUUAAAAUUUCCAGUACGUCCAGUAAUCUGCUGUUUAAAACCAUGUCACGCUGGCUCUUGGUCGCGUAGGACGCGCUGCCACCGCGUGGCUGAAGAUUAUUUUCACUAUUAGCAGCAUUAGCUUUGUGAGUUAUUUAACACUAGAACUGCCAUGACGGUCAAAAUGACCGUUUUGAAAUGUAUAUGUACAAUAACUUUGUUGAAUAAAAAAAUACAAUCUUGCUGGUUUGUGACUUUUCCUAAAAGUGUUUCUAUUUUUACUUACAAUAGAUUUUAUAUAAAUUACAUAAAAGGCAAAAAAAAUAUGAGCAUUUCUACCUAUUAAAACCAUAACGGUCAUAUUGACCGCUCUAAAUCUCGCGCGAUUCUAUUGUUCUUUCCCGCGGUUUAUUGUCUCUGUCAGCGUCACCAGUACUAUUAGCAUAUGCUCAUUUGAUUAUAAAUACAAAUUCUUGGACUACAAAUUAUUAUUGCCUUUUAAAAAAUAAAUUUAUAAAGAGUUUAUAGGGAGCGUUUAGAAAAUGUCUAAUACAAAUAAUAGAAUGAAGAGAAAUAUGACUUUUGCCAUGGCCUUGGAAAUGCUUCACAAUCUGGACAGUGAUGACUCUGAUGCAGGGGCGCUGUCUGAGGUGGAAAGUGACAGCGACCUUUCUGGGUGCAAGACAGACAGUUCAUCCUCAUCAGAGAGUGAGUCAGAGUCCGUAAAAAGGAAAAAGAGGCGGUUACCUUCCUCGGAGAUUAGGGAACCAGAUGUUCCGUUCACAGCUGACGUUCCAGGCCUUCCCGAACCAGUACCUGCACUUGAGCCAGCUGGAGUGCUCAGCCCGCCCUUAGAGUCAUCUCGGCCGUAGGUGGCUGUGGAAAAGGGAAAGGAUGGGACGGUGUGGACCAUCCUUCAGUCAACUGAACGUCCAGGGAGAAGGCAGAGCCAAAAUGUUCUGACUGAAGCUGCCGGUCCCACCGCGCACGCGAAGCGCAACAUCGAAGAUGCGCUCACUGCCUUUCUGUGUUUGUUUGACGAUGGCAUGUUGAAACACAUCAGGGACUGCACUGUGGCUGAGGCACAUCAGCACCGUGGUGACAGCUCAUGGGACCUGACAGUGGCUGAACUGAAAGCCUUCAUAGCUCUGUUAUAUAUCCGUGGAGCACAGGGUGCGAAGAACAUGGAUUUGGGGAGCCUUUGGUCGGAGAAAUGGGGCUUCCCGUUUUUCAAAGAAACCAUAGCUAGAAAUCGCUUCAGGGAGAUAAUGAGAUUCCUGCGGUUCGAUAAAAAAGAAACCCGACGUGUGCGUCUGCAGGAUGACAGGUUUGCCCUGGUAUCGGCCACUUGGAACAAGUUUAUUCAGAACAGCAUAGCCUGUUACAAGCCUGGUGCCGACAUAACCAUAGAUGAGCAGCUGUUCCCCACCAAGGCCCGGUGCAGAUUUCUUCAGUACAUGGGGAAUAAGCCUGAUAAAUUUGGCAUCAAAUUUUGGCUGGCUGCUGAUGUCCGUUCGAAAUACAUGCUGAACGGGGCUCCGUUUCUGGGUAAAGAAGAGGCACGGAGCAGAGGUCAGCUCGUGGGAGAGAGUGUGGUGCUGAAACUGGCGGAGCCAUUCUUGGGUAAGGGAAGAAAUAUUACAACGGAUAAUUUCUUCACUUCACUAAAACUGGCCACCACCUUACAGGCCAAGAAGACCAGCCUGGUUGGCACUAUGGGAAAAAGUAAGCGCGAGUUGCCCCCCUCCGCAAAAGAGCAAGCGGAGUUGUAUAACACAAAAGUGCUAAAAUGUGCGGAUGCGACUCUCACGAUAUACCAGGGAAAGCCGAGGAAGAAUGUGUGCAUUUUGAGCUCCGUGCACACAAGCGUGGGCAUCACCGAUGGGCCGAAAGCAAAGCCGGAGUCUGUGACCUAUUACAACAACACCAAGUAUGGGGUGGAUGUCCUAGAUCAGAUGGCACGGGCAUACUCUGUGAAAGGCGGUACGCGUAGAUGGCCAGUGGCUGUAUUUUACAACAUCCUCGACCUUGCUGGAAUCAAUGCCCACAUCCUCUUCAAGGAGUGCACCAGCAGCAAAAUUGCCCGGAGGAAGUUCCUGCUGCGACUGGCAGAGGAGCUGAGAGCGGAGUUCAUGGAGGGAAAAAGGGCAGCAUCGCAGUUGACACAAGGUCCCAACCAAAAAAAUCAACCCCCGCAACUGACACCAAAACGGAGACAGUGCCAGGUGCGGAGAAUCUGCAAACAAAAUAAAACGCACGACACCUGCUGCAAAUGCCACAAACCCGUGUGUGGAAAUUGUGCGAGAAGAACAGAAGUAACUUGUGUUGACUGUGAAUCUUAAAUAGCCGAGCACGAUAUAGAUUUAUUUAAUAUAGAAUUUGUAGCGUAAUUGUUUUAUGGUUCCAAACUUCGUUCGUGACUCUUUUUAACUUUAGAGCUGCUUGUUUCCAGCUUAUGUUCUGUGUUAUAAUGUAUCAUAAAUGUUGUAACAUUUUUUUUUUCAUAAUCAAAUAGAUCAUUUUAAAUGUUAUUUUGUUGUUCUGAGUUAUGUAAAAUAAAUACAGAGAAAUACUGAAUAUGCAAUAAUUACAUUUUACUAUGAAAUGAUGCGAAUAUUUCUAAAUUUAUAAUUAUCAUUUUUAACUAAAUAAAAAAUGUAAAUGUUGGUGUUAUUUGUUUUUUUAAAAGAUAUCCUAACACAGUUAAUACAUUAAUCUCUCAUUUGGGCAAUUUAUUUAGAGAUUAUAGCGUUUAUAAUAUAGCGGUCAAAAUGACCGCUCACGGCUGUUCUAGUAGUUUUGGAAUUCUGGCGCUUCUAGUGUUAA